CAGCAUCUCUUCACAUUUACCAUUUCAUGGCUGCUCUGGUUCCAAGAUCAACAACCAGGGCGGCGUCAAUCAUAAAGACCCAUUUUUUACACCCAACCCCAAGAUUUGUCCCCGGCAGCGCGCCAUCUCACCCCUUCUCCACCGUCCGCCGCCAGCAUCCCCGCCGGACUCCUCCAGCCGCCAAGAAAGUUCCUUUCACAGUUUCUGCUCACGGGAAGUCUCGGGUCGACCCGUAUCACUGGAUGCGCAGAACGGACGACCCGGAUUUCCUGGGCUAUCUCCAGCAGGAGAACGCAUAUGCGGAGGCUUUCAUGGAGGACACUCAAGAGUUGCAGAAGUGUCUUUACACUGAGAUGGUUUCUAGAAUUCCCUCCAGAAUUUCCACGCCUCCUGAACGAUGGGGUCCCUGGCUAUACUAUCAGUACAUUCCGGAGGGGAAGGAGUUUCCAGUGUUGUGUAGGGAGUUUGCUGAUGAGAGUAAAGGCUGGAUGAGUACAAUAACCAAUCAAAUAAGAUGUGCAUUCAAGAAAGAGAAUGUAAUGCUUGACUGGAAUGAAUUAGCCGAAACCUAUGGAUAUGUUCAUGUAGGUACGUGUCGCGUCUCGCCAGACCACAAUUUCAUAGCAUACACAGUUGAUCGUGAUGGUGGUGAGGAGUUCAUGCUUCAAGUUAAAGAUCUUAAGCGCGGCUGCAUUCUUCCAAAUAUGAAUGUCAAUGGAGUUGUUAGUUUGGAAUGGGCUGCAAAUGGUCAUUCUUUGUUAUAUACAUUGAUUGACCAACAACAACGGCCUUACAGGCUACAGUGUGUGCAACUUGGAUCAGGUGGGAUAGAUCAUGUGGAACUGUUCACAGAACAUGAUCCCAAUUUCUGUGUAGAUAUUGCAAGUACAAAAGAUGGGAAGUUUAUAACUGUAAACUCUAAUUCAAGGACUUCAUCUGAGGUAUAUAUCAUAAAUGCAACCAAUCCAUGCGGUGGACUUAAAAAGUUCUGUAAUCGCGUCUCUGGUGUACAAUACUUCUUGGAGCAUCAUCGUGGAGUUUUUUAUGUCCUUACAAAUGCUCCAAUAAAUAACGGUAUGGACUUGCCAGAAAGUGCAAAUUAUCACUUGGCUAGAUGCCGGGUAGAAAAUUUGCAGUCUACCUAUUUGAAAAACAUCAUUGUACCAAGUGGAGAUAUUUUCUUGAAAGAUAUGGACAUGUUUAAUGAACACCUCGUGCUGUAUGUCAACAAGGCGGGUUCAUCAUCAAUAUGUUCCCUUCCCAUGCAGACUAUUGUCAAUUGUGAGAAACAAAAGGAGAUUGAGGAUCUGAGUCCAUGGUUCUUUCCGCUUCCCUCAGACAUGUGCUCACUAGCUCCCGGUUCAAACCAUGAUUUUAUGAGCUCAGUAUACCGUGUUGUCAUUUCUUCCCCAGUGGUACUUUUGUCGACAACUUUGCAAUAAUAUGCCCGACAUUAUUGUGGACUAUGAUAUGUCAAAGAAAUCAACCAACAUUGUGAUGCAAGAAGAAUUGGCAAACAUCUCAAGUAGGCAUAAGUACGAGCAUCAAGAAACUGAAGGACAAGUGUGGGAAGAUUUUACAAAAGUGUAUGCUUGUGAGAAUAAAGAAGUUGUCUCCUAUGAUGGGGUGAGGAUUCCUUUGACUAUACUAUACUCUAGGAAAGCGCAUCAAAAGGGUCAAUCUCCGGGUCUUCUGCAUGGGUAUGGAGCUUAUGGAGAAGCUCUGGAUAAAAGCUGGUGUGGCAACCGUCUCUCCCUACUCGAUCGUGGUUGGGUUAUUGCAUUUGCUGAUGUUAGAGGUGGUGAUGGUCCGGAUCCCUCAUGGCACAAAUGUGGGAGUGGAUUGCAUAAGCUAAACUCCAUUUAUGACUUUGUAUCCUGCGGACAGUACCUUAUUAAUGAGGGGUAUGCCCAUAAAAAUAAGCUUGGGGCUUGUGGAGUUAGCGCUGGAGGUCUUCUUGUUGGGGCAGCCAUCAACUUACAUCCCGGACUCUUUCGGGCAGCAAUUUUAAAGGUUCCAUUCUUGGAUAUAUGCAAUACAUUGUUGGAUCCUACAUUGCCUCUCACAAUCUCUGACUAUGAAGAAUUUGGGAAUCCUCAGAUCGCGUCUUUCUAUGACUACAUCCUCAAAUAUUCUCCAUAUGACAAUGUUUCUCAUGGACCAUGCUUUCCUGCUAUGCUCGUUACAGCCUCGUACAACGACUCCCGGGUUGGUGUAUGGGAAGCAGCCAAGUGGGUUGCCAAGGUUCGAGACGAAGCGUGCUCGAUGUGUUCUCCUUCUGUUGUCCUGCGAGCAGAGAUGAGCGGAGGGCAUUUGCGCGAGGGAGGGCGUUUUGGUCAUUGUGAAGAAGCAGCUUAUGAAUAUGCCUUUCUCAUGAAGGUUUUCACUGAACCUCCUCCAAAGUAAAGUGAUCAAACAUUUUGGAUGUCUAAUUGUAUUGGUAUAGUUUGUUAAUAGUAACUCUUUUUUUCUUCUACAUUUUUUUUCCAUUUCUUCUAUAACUAAACAACAAGAAUUAUUUUUCAUAUUGUAUUUUUUCUAUUAUCAAAUUCCUUGCACAUUGUAAAGGUUAGAAAAAAUGAUAAGACAAAUAAUGACGGCUUUUGGAGAGAAUUUUGGAGAAUUUAACAAAACUAAAAUUAAAAGACAAAAGAAAUCAAUGUGUGGUGUGUUU